UAUACUUGGCCCAUAGAAAUCCAAACGCAACGGUAAAAAGCAAGAAGCAGAAAGAAAGCAAAGCAAAUUACUUUCCUCUCACAAAUCUUGUUAGAGAAAAUCAAAGUACUAAGAGAAGGAGAAUUUCUGGAUUUCAGAUGGGGCGUUGGGUUAGGCCUGAGGUGUACCCGUUAAUGGCUGCGAUGACAUUUGUGACAAGCUUGUGCGCAUUUCAGCUUACAAGGAACAUGUUCCUCAACCCUGAAGUCAGAAUCAACAAAGCUCACCGUCGAAUGGCGGUGCUUGAAAACGAAGAAGAGGGAGAGAAGUACGCCGAGCACGGCCUCCGGAAAUUCCUCCGCACACGGCCACCGGAGAUCAUGCCUACCAUCAACCACUUCUUCUCUCAAGAAAAAUGAUAUCGGACAUGUUCGUGAAAGUUUACUUGUGAGCGCCCCGGGGGUGUUAUUUUUUAAGAGUUUUAUAGCAACUCGUUCAUGUCAGUUUAUACUAUUUUGCUUUGGGCCAGUUUUUCUUAUUUAUGUUUUGUGAAAGGAAUGUGCUAUUCACACAUUACUUUUUACUUUUCA